UAUAUAAAUUGGACGAUUCUCGGGGUAGGGACAUCAGUACGCCCUGAGAUUUCCACGAGAGCAGAUCAACUUAUAGACCAAGAAGAGCAAAUAUGGAACGAAGCCAUCACUUGUAUUUGCCGAAACUGAGCUACGCCCCGAUGGGACACGUAUACGGAGCCCCCUAUUCGGAGCAUCCGACGACAGGACACUCCAAGCCGGAACAGAUCGAGGAGAUGGUGGCCCAGCAACUGCACCACCUGAAGAUGCACUACGCCGACGAGGAGCAGCGCUACGUGGACCAAAUGAUUCUCGAGAAUCCCAUCGUUGUGGAGCGAAGAGUUGCCCCUCCGCCACCGGCGCAGCCCGCUUCCGAUCCGUCGCCCUCCACUUCCAGUGGCCACCGGGGUGGUGUGGCCCGUUCCUCCGCCGACAGCAAGGAUGCCCAGCGCCAGAGAGCCGAAUCCUGCCGCAAAUCCCGCUACAACAACAAGAUCAAGAAGGCCCGACUCCGAUUCCGGCACAAGUUCGUCAGCGGACAGCUCCAGAAGAGCGCCGAGAUGCUGGACACGAUGCGGAGUGUGAUCGCCCAGGCGGAGCGGCAGUUGGUGGAGCGAGGACUGCCCCGCUCUGUCCUCGAGCAGAUGCGCAGGAGCCACGGCCUGGACGUGGCCAUGCAGCAGUGACGAGUCCUUCCAAAGGCAGUCAAACCUAGAGGUCCUUGGACCCACUUAUCCCUAAGCCACUUUUUUUUUUUUUCUUGUUGACUAUAUUUAAUGUAUUAUUAA